GGGCCUGGAAUUCUGGCUCUGACCAAGGGGGUGCAUGCAGGUGGCCUCUAUUCCUGGGCCCUGGCUAGGAAGGGGUGGAGGUCUGGACUUCCUGGUCUGGCGGGAGGAAAGGUCUGUGGGACUUCUCUGGACCAAAGCCCUUUACCAGGCCCCUUCCAGCCCCCAUCCCGCCAUGGGCCCUCCAGGCGACAUCCUGCUUCUGCUCUUGCUCCCAGUGGCUGCAGCUCAGAUAACCCCAGGUUCCUGUUCCGGAUGUGGGCCCCUGUCCCUGCCACUCCUGGCUGGCCUCCUGGCUGCUGAUGCUGUGCUGUCACUGCUCAUUGUGGCUGUGGUGUGUGUGUGCACACGCCCCCGUGGCAGGCCCACCCAAGAUGGCAAAGUCUACAUCAACAUGCCUGGCAGGGGCUGACCCCCUGUAACUGACCUUUGACUUCUAACCCUCUCAUCCUGGAUUAUGUGUGGUGGCACAAGAAACCCCCUCCCACCUUAGGGUUGGAAUAAAGCAAUUAAAAUCUU